AUGCUAUACGGGCAGAAUCUGCCGUGGCGGUUAGCACUACAGCACAGUUCACGGCAAAGGUUAUCUGUAACACGACGCCAUAUAACUGCGCAGUCAGUCUGCGCCUAUAACCGUUCGCCAUUUACGAGAAGGCCUGAGCCAUCGCAUCCAUCAUACCCGCUACCUCGCCCCUUCUCUUCUUCGCCCUUCAGGCCGAAAGAGCAGCCUUCGAAGCCGUCUCUCGAUCAAGAUGCAGCAAAGGACAAAGAGUUGGAAUCCCAGGAAGACAAUAAACUGGCAGGAUCACCAGAGGCUGCCGAAGCAAAGAGCAAAACUCCUGAUCCCUUACCCUCGAACAAAUCAUCCGAUGGCCGCGGCGCCGCUUCCGGAAGUAGUGGUGACUCUGGGUCUACCAGUGGUGGUGAUGGCGGUGGUGGUGGAAAGCGACGGAAAGGUCAAGGAGAACGCAAUCUUACGAAACCCACGAUACCGGAAGUCUACCCCCGCGUCAUGUGUGUCCCAAUCAACCAACGGCCACUCUUCCCGGGGUUCUACAAGGCGAUAACAAUCAAGGACAAGGAGGUUGCAGCAGCCAUAACCGAAAUGGUAAACCGUGGCCAGCAGUAUAUCGGCGCGUUCUUACUCAAAGAUGACAAGGCGGAUACAGACACGAUCAAGAGUAUGGAUGAGGUCUACGAUGUCGGAACUUUCUGCCAAAUCACCAGCGCAUUCCCCGUGCAAGGUGAUGUACCGAGUAUGACCUGUGUGUUGUACCCGCAUAGGAGAAUAAAGAUGACGUCUAUGGUUCAGCCUGGGCCUGGCUCUGGCAAAGAGGGCAGCCCCUUGGCUGAGGCGGUCGUAGAAGAAAUACCAGCCGAGAGCACGGAAGCCAAGGAGACCGCAGAAACCAACGAGCCCAAGGAAAGCAAAGAUAGCAAGGACGGUCAAUCCAAGAAAGGAGAUGUUGUGGCAAGCUUCGAAGAAAGCAUGCCAGAAAAGUCGAAGCAAGGCCCACAGUAUGAUCCAACAUCAUUCUUACAAGAGCGCCCUGUCAGCAUUGUCGGUGUGGAGAACCUUGUCGACGAACCAUAUGAUUCCAAAAACCCAACAGUUCGAGCUCUGGUGACUGAGAUCAUGGAUACCUGCAAGGACAUGGCUCAGAACAAUGCGCUAUUUCGCGAUCAUAUCUCAACAUUGGCAUUAAGCCACAGCUCAGGAUCACCGGGGAACUUUGGCGAAGAUGCGGCGCGGAUGGCAGACUUCGCUGCAGCAGUUGCCCGAUCUGACGAGACAAAAGAGCUUCAAGAUGUACUGGCAUCGACUGAUAUCGAGGAUCGUCUUCACAAAGCACUAGUUGUGUUGAAGAAGGAAUUGCUCAACAACCGGCUUCAGCGCGAGAUUCACAAGGAGGUCGAGGAGAAGAUUGCAAAGAACCAGCGAGAAUAUUACCUGAUGCAGCAAUAUAAGGCCAUACGGCGAGAGCUCGGACUAGAGGCCGACGGGAAGGACAAGAUCGUUGAGAAAUUCAAGACGAAGGCAGAGAAGUUGGCUAUGCCCGAGGCUGUCAAGAAGGUGUUUGAUGAAGAGAUCAACAAGCUAGCACACCUCGAGCCUGCUGCAUCCGAGUUCAACGUAACACGAAACUACCUCGACUGGCUGACACAAAUACCUUGGGGUCAAAGAAGCGCUGAGAAGUUUGGUAUCAAACAUGCUAGGGCUGUGCUCGACGAGGAUCACCAUGGACUGAAAGACGUCAAAGAUCGGAUCCUAGAGUUUAUCGCUGUUGGUAAACUGAGAGGCACAGUCGAAGGAAAGAUUCUGUGUAUGGUUGGACCACCUGGUGUGGGCAAAACGAGUAUAGGCAAAUCAAUCGCUCGUGCUCUCAACCGACAGUAUUACAGAUUCAGUGUGGGUGGCUUGACGGAUGUUGCCGAAAUCAAAGGGCACCGUCGUACUUAUGUCGGAGCCCUUCCUGGACGAAUGAUCCAGGCUCUGAAGAAGUGUCAAACCGAGAACCCGCUCGUACUCAUCGAUGAAGUUGACAAGAUUGGCCGCGGCCAUCAGGGUGACCCUGCAUCCGCGCUUCUGGAACUACUUGACCCCGAGCAGAACAGUUCGUUCUUAGACCACUACAUGGACGUGCCCAUAGAUUUGUCGAAAGUUUUGUUUGUCUGCACAGCUAACAUGACUGACACGAUUCCCCGGCCCCUUCUCGAUCGCAUGGAAAUGAUUGAACUAUCUGGCUAUGUUGCCGACGAGAAGAUCGCGAUUGCAGAACGAUACUUGGCGCCACAGGCGAAGGAGAUGAGCGGCCUGAAAGAUGUGAAUGUGAAUCUGGAGCCAGACGCCAUCGUCGAACUUAUCAACAAAUACUGCCGCGAAUCCGGUGUGCGAAACUUGAAGAAACAGAUAGAAAAAGUCUACCGAAAGUCUGCGCUGAAAAUCAUUGAAGACUUUGGUGACGAACAUGAAGCCCUGGCAGAAGAGAAGGCCCUUACCGACGAAGGCAAGGCCGCCCAAGAGCAAUCUGACAAAGACCAAACCGAUACCACUGUAACUUCGGAGAAUAUCGAGAAUGAGACUACGGAGAAACCCCGGAAAGCGUUGCAAGUGCCGGAUACCGUCAACGUGUCGAUCACGAAGGACAACCUUUCCGACUAUGUUGGCCCACCAGUAUACACGGCAGAUCGUCUGUACGAUGUCACGCCCGCCGGAGUCGCCAUGGGUCUUGCUUGGACACAGAUGGGCGGCGCUGCACUGUACAUUGAAUCAAUUCUGGAGGCUCCUUUAUCCAAAGACUCCAGAGCAUCCCUCGAACGCACCGGAAACUUGAAGCCUGUCAUGAAGGAGUCUACCUCGAUUGCAUACUCAUUCGCCAAGUCUGUGAUGGCGCGGAGAUUCUCGGACAACAAGUUCCUCCAGCACGCUCAAAUCCACCUCCACUGCCCGGAAGGCGCAGUGCCCAAGGAUGGACCGAGCGCUGGCAUCACCAUGGCCACCUCACUACUGAGCUUGGCACUAAACAAACCACUCAAGCCUACAAUUGCCAUGACUGGUGAAUUGACAGUUACUGGAAAAGUUCUACGAAUCGGUGGACUCCGAGAGAAGACUGUAGCUGCCAGACGAGCCGGCUGUGACACUGUUAUUUUCCCGCAAGAUAACUUGAGCGACUGGCUCGAGUUGCCUGAGAAUAUCAGAGAUGGUAUCGAAGGCAAACCCGUCAGCUGGUACGAUGAGGUAUUUGAAGUUGUUUUCCCGGAUGUCGACUCCUCCGCUGUCGGUCAACUGUGGAAGAAAGAACUCGCGGGUGCUGGGAAGAGGGGCAGUAGGAGCGCUAAGCGGGGGACGAGAGACGAUGAUGAGGACUCAGAUGACGAUGACUAG